AUGACCACCCCCAUGGCUGACGACGUGCCUCGAUAUGUGGGAGUGCCGGCUGAGUCCUUGUCGCCGGAAGACUUCGAGACAGCUUCGAUUCGCUCUGCGGCGCCAUCGUACACCUCCGACGCGCCCUCCUACCACUCCACCAACCCCAACCCAGACCCGCUACCAGCCUACUCCCCACCAGCACCACGCUCAACCCCCUCAGCCACCGCCGCCGCUCCUCGAAACCACAGCGUCUCCUCCCUCCUCGACCCCUCUCCCACCACCACCUCCUCCUCUUCAUCCUCCGCCUCCCAACCCCGACGAUACGGCCUCCCGCCCGUGCCGCCCGCCCCCCCACGGCCGCAAGACAUCCCCUUGCUAUCGCCGCCGCGCCUCCCCGCCUGGUCGGCCGCCGCACACUCCCCGUUCUCGCACGCCAACCCGACCGCGCGGCUGUACCACAACGUGGCGCGGCGGCGCGCCAGCGCCAGCGCCUCCUCUUCAUCCUCGUCGUCAUCGUCUUCGUCGUCGUCGUGGUCGGGCUCGGCGCAUCUCCAUGACGGGAUGCUGAUGCGCCGCAACUUGCUCGAGCGCAUCGAGGAGGAGGAGCGCAACCGCGUCAGGCCGCUCGAGGACCCGUACCUGGUCGGCGAGGAGGCCGCGGCAAGGGCGAGGGCGGAGAGGAUCGCGAGGGAGGGGGAGAGGCGCGCGCUCGGGGAUGAGAUCCUGGUGCGGGAGGAUCGGAGGUGGGAUUGGUUUCUGGCCCAGAUGAAGGACUGGGAAGAGCGCGACCGAAGCUGGAAGCAGUUCCGGCGCGACUUCGACCGGCGGUUGAGCAACCGGUUUAGCUUCCGCAUUGGCACUCGGUCCUAG